AUGAGAAGGGAGAAUCAGAGCAGUGUGUCCAAGUUCCUCCUCCUGGGGCUCCCCAUCCAGCCAGAGCAGCAAGGUUUGUUCUUUGUCCUGUUCCUUGGCAUGUACCUGACCACAGUGCUGGGGAACCUACUUAUCAUCUUGCUCAUCAGGCUGGACUCUCGCCUCCACACCCCAAUGUACUUCUUCCUCAGCCACUUGGCCCUCACUGAUGUCUCUUUUUCAUCUGUCACAGUCCCUAAGAUGUUGAUAAACAUGCAAAUUCAGGAUCAAUCCAUCCUUUAUGCUGGGUGUGUGACACAAAUGUAUUUUUUCAUAUUUUUUGGCUGUGUUGAUAACCUUCUUCUUGCACUGAUGGCAUAUGACAGGUAUGUAGCCGUUUGUCACCCUCUACACUACACCACCAUCAUGAAGGAGGGGUUGUGUAUAUUUCUGUUGGCUGGAUCCUGGCUCCUCUCUUGUGCCAGUGCCCUGUCUCACACCCUCCUCUUGGAUCAACUGUCCUUCUGUGCUGACAACACCAUCCCCCACUUCUUCUGUGACCUUGCUGCCCUGCUUAAGCUCUCCUGCUCAGACACCUCCCUCAAUGAUAUUUUUAUCUUCACUGUUGGGGGAUUGGUCAUAAUCCUGUCAUUUAUUGGCAUCCUGGUCUCUUAUGGCCACAUUGGGGCCACCAUCCUGAGGUUUCCCUCAAUCAAGGGGAUCUGCAAAGCCUUGUCCACCUGUGGCUCUCACCUUUCUGUGGUUUUUCUAUUCUAUGGGACAAUUGUGGUAUUGUACUUUUUCCCAUCAUCAAGCAACUCCAAUGACCAAGAAAUAAUUGUUUCAGUCAUGUACACAGUGGUCACUCCUAUGCUGAACCCUUUCAUCUACAGUCUGAGGAACAGGGACAUGAAAAGUGCCCUAGGAAGACUUUUCAGGAGAGAGAUCUUUUUCUCCAUGUGA